AUGCCUCCCUCAAAGAUUGCCAUCAUUGGAGCUGGUCCCUCCGGUCUAGUUCUUGCAUCCCUAUUCUACCGUCACCAAAUUCCCUUCACCAUCUACGACCUCCGAUCUCGUCCCUCGCCGUUUCUCAUAAACAUUCCAUCCGGUUCCCUAGACCUCCACGUCGAAUCCGGUCAGCUCGCCCUCUCGGAAUGUGGACUCCUGGAAACGUUCCGUUCACUCGCUGUUGAAUGCAGCGAAGAUUAUAUCAUUUGUGAUAGGUUCGGCGACAUGAAAAUUGAGCUUAGGGGUCAUGGUGGUGAUCGACCUGAAAUUUCGAGGAAUAGUUUGAUUGAGUUACUGCUAUCUUCACUCCCUGAGAAUGUCAUCAAAUGGGAACAUAAAGUCCUAUCCGUUACUGCCCAUGCCGCUAAUUCUCAAGAGCAAAUCAUCACGUUCGGAGAUGGGAGCUUUCAUACAUGCGAUUUGGUGAUAGGGGCAGAUGGAGCAUGGUCGAAGGCUCGGCCGCUUCUGACAGAGAUAAACCCAACUUUUAGUGGUAUUCACUGGAUGACGUUGACGAUUGUUAAUGUUACCGAGAGAUUUCCGAACAUGGCCCAGAUGGUUGGAACUGGGACUUUUUCGGCGCUGGGUGGAAAGAGGGCAAUUAUGACCCAAAGGAGCUCAAUGGAUUCGGUGAGGGUGUAUGUUACAAUAUGCAAUGAGGAGGUCAACUAUUGCAACGAUGCAGGUUUGAACUCCAUGGAUGUUGAAAAAAUAAAAGAGAAGCUUCUUGGUGAAUCUGGACCUUUUGGAGAUUUUAGCGAAGGAGCCCAGGAAUUGCUUGCGAGGGGACUGAAAGAGGAGGAAACUGCACAGUUUGUGCAGCUUUGUAUGUUACCUACAGAUCAUACGUGGGAACAUAGAGCCUAUGCGACGUUAGUUGGGGAUGCAGCACAUCUCAUGACGCCAUUUGCUGGAGAGGGUGUCAAUUCGGCAAUGUUAGAUGCCUUGGAGUUGGCACAGGGGAUUAUUUCGGCGGUGAAGAACGACACUUCCAUCUCGAAUGCCGUAAAAGAGUAUGAGAUGAAGAUGUUUGUGAGGGCAAAAGAGAAUGCUGAGCAGACAGAGAUGAAUAUGAAGAAUAUCUUUGAGGACAAUGCGCCAAAGAAGAUAGUAGAGUGGUUCAAUAGCAUGAUGGCGCCGCCUGAGUAA